AUGACAGCCGAAGUUAUUGAUUAUACUAGAAGGAAUUUAGAAGAAGCAAUGAAUCAUUCUGAGCGUCGAAUGUUGUUUCGGAGAAGCAGAAGUGAACCGAUGACGUUGACAAAUGAGAAUGCGACGAUGACUAGUAGGACUGAUCCCGAAUGGAAUAUGACGGUCGACUCGAUAUCAAUUCAAUCCUCAUUUGCCGAGUACCAACACCGUAGGAAGCAAAGAUUGAAAAAACAGGAGGCACAUAAAACUUCUGAGAUAGAAAAGCUCCCUACAAAGCUAAAAUUUUCUAGGAGCAGGUGCACUUUGUUUUUCAAAUUUUUAAAAAAGUCGUACAACUUUUUUUUUCAUUUCAGAAAUUCUAUAUUUUUCUAUUUUUCAAUCAACCUUGAUAAUUUCAUCUCCAUAUCAACCGAAACAUCAGACCAUCUUGAAAUGAAAGGGAACUCGGAUCUUGAAGACGUUCUUCAGUUUUCCGAUGAAAAGGUGGCAUCGACGCUCUCGCUGACUGAUAGUGAUAAUAGCUCAAACGACAUCACAUCGAGUCAAGCUCAAGAGAUCAGCUAUGAAGAGGAAAUGCGUUUGUUCAUGGAGAAAACGGGACACCUGGUGACCAAUGUUUUCGCGGAUCCAUUCGAUUCGGAUGAGAGGAAAAGUCGAACAGAGAUGUGGGUUGAGGCGGCGUCGACGGAGAAAUUGGCAGAUGGGGAGAAUAAGAACAAGGAACAGGAGGAUUUGGUUUUGGAGAAUGGGAAGAUUUCGUCUGCAGAAGAUGUUUUUGGAGAGACUUUUGAAUCUAAUGAGAAUAAAGAAGAAACUGUUGAGGACGACGAGGAGGAGGAGGAUGAGGUGACAGAGUUCGAGGAAGCUGUGGUGGUUUCGGAAGUGGCAGAAGUUUCCGAAGAAACUGGAGAAGAGGUUCAGGAAACUGUCAAAUAUGAGAUUCCACCAAUUAUUCAUCAGGACACCAAAGAAUCGCUGCUCUCAUCGAAUAUAUCAACUAACAGUCUGAUGAAAUCAAAUAUGAACCAUCAUCUGAAAGAAGCUUUGUAUGCUGAAAGUGAAGUUGAUGUCAAGGAUGUCGAUAGGUUCUGGGACUAUCUGUACGAGAAGGAACUCCCGGAAAAUGGGGAAAAAAUGUACUCGAUCAAUCUGGCUGGACCAUCAACUUCUACUAGUGAACGGUCACUUGGACUUGCGUUGUCACCAAUCAAAGUGAAAUUUUCGGGAAUUCAAACUAAUAAAGUUUACAAUCCAGAAAUAGUGCCCAAAGAAAUGGAAAACGAGCUGGAACAAGAUCGAGAACUGGACGAACCGCUGGAGAUCACUGAUCAAACUGUGGAAUCUAGAUUUUUCGAAUUGGAGACUACAACCAAGCUUGAGAGAAAUGAGCCGGUUCUACAAAAAACUUCUGUAUCACAAACUCCGAUUUCUCAUAGUUUAGUGCAAAUUGUGAAUUAUGAACAACAGCCAAGAAUCAGAUCUCAAAGUCAAAAUGGAAGAGUUUCCUAUGAGAAGGAGAAUAUGGUUCGAGAAUUCUCAUUCAAAAUGUCUGAAAGUCUUUUCAAAGAUCUGAAAGUGUUGGUUGUGGAGAGGGAUCGAGCAAAAGAGGCGAUGGCAAUACUUCCAGCAAAGUCAAUGAAAGAAUUGAGCGAUGAGUGUAAUUAUUUUCAGACGCGCUAUCGUGUGCGAAUCGAGCAGAACAAAGAAAAACUGGAUCGUCGAAUUGAUGAAAUUUGGAGAAAAAUGUUAAAAAUGCCAAUUGAAUCUCAAGAAAUGGUCGAUUUCAUCAGUGUGCCCUACAGUGAUCAACUAACGUGCAAUGCCAGAAGAAAUUUGCCAGAAAAGAUGUGA